AUGACUUUGUGGACAGUUCUCAGCCUGUUAGCUUGGCUCCCCUUGCAAGAGGCAUCUUUGACUAAUCACACAGAAACUCUCAUCGUGGAGGAGGGCCAGAUGCUCAUUCUAAAAUGUGUCAUUUCUCAAGCUAAGGAGUCAUCCCUUCAGUGGUUAUCCCCCUCUGGGUUUACCAUUUUUUUUGACAAAUAUCCUGCUUUAAAAAAUAGAAAAUAUAGACUCCAAAAUCAUACCAAUGAUCAGCUCACCAUCAGUAUACUGAAUGUAACUCUUGAGGAUGAAGGCGUGUAUAAAUGCUUACAUUAUAGCAAACCAGUGAGAACCACGGAAGUGAAUGUAGUUGUAUUAGCAACUCCUUCCAAGCCAACACUGGAAGCAUCAAUCAUCAGAACUCCCAAUGGGAAAGAGGUGUCACUAAGAUGUUUCACAAAAGGAAGCAAGCCCCCUCCACAGAUAACCUGGCUUUUGAGCAAUGGCAUUGAACUUUAUGGUGAAACUCAAAAUACAUUUGAACAUGAUGGAAAGAAGUGUAAUACAACAAGUACACUUAUAGUUCAUGCCUAUGGGGAAAAUGCAACAGCUAACUGCCUUGUCCGCCAUGAAAGCCUACGAGGGGAAAAACUGGUCGUGGCAUUUCGGUUUGAAGAUUUGGAUUCAGAUUCAGAUUCAGAUAGUACGGAGCACAGCACAUUGUCCUUUCAGUCUUCUCAGUAUCCCACUGAACCUGUAAUGCAAGAGUUCAGUUCUGUGGAUAUUGACACAAUAGGUUAUGAACGAACUACUCAGAAAUCUGACUUCACCACUGAAGCAAAUCCCAGCUCUCUAGAAAUCACAAAAAAGAAACAUGGAAUUCUGUUGCUCACUCUUGUGUCCUUCCUCAUUUUGGUCCUCUUCAUUAUAGUACAACUCUUUAUAAUGAAGCUUCGGAAAGCACAUGUGACAUGGAAGAAAGAAAAUGACAUUUCAGAAUUGACUCUGGAAAGUUAUAGAUCUAGGUCAAACAAUGAUGACACAUCAUCCCAGGAGAAGAACGGCCACGUUUUCAGUCACAAGUGUGGCAUGAAAUAUAUUAUAACAUCAUAUAUGGAAAGAAAAUCCAAGAACCCAAAAGGAAACAUGCAGGAUUCUACAUUGAAGCAAGACCAGAAUCAUCUGCCAGAAACCAUUGUGUAAUACUUGAUACCAUGUUAAAAUAAGACAUCAGGGUGACUCAGGGUAUCAUAACUGACUUUAAAAAGAAAAUGAGCAAUAACUUAUCCAAAGAAGCAAAGAGCUCAUUUUGACCUCAGUGGAACAGACUGUGAAGGACAUUAAUACUGUUGUGCUCAAAGAGUGCAGUGUAAGCAGUAUCCCAUUAAGAUGAUCUGACCUGAAUCAGAGAAGCAAACUAUGGAUAUAAAUGGGGUUUUGUUUACCUACUUC